GUGAUGAAAGUGAUUUCGCCUUCAUGGAUUGUAUGGUGGUAGUGGAGUGGUGUGUCGUCAGCUGAACCAAUCUGAAUGAUAUUGUAUGAAACGGAAGGCAAACGCAACGUUAGUGUAUAGGUAGUGGUUCGUGUAAAAGGCUUCCGUCAAUAAAAUGAACGAAGAUAGGGAUCGAGAAGAUGAUCCGUUUCGAGAAUUAUGGAUUUCUAACUGGGAGCAACAAUGUGUCGAACAGCUUGAAAGUGAACCUGAUUAUGAAAGGCAACUCCAAAGUGAACGAGACUUGACUAAUCAAAAAGUGUGGAUUUCCUUUCAGAAUAGUGCCACUGCAGUCGCACAGUUGUAUAAAGAGUCCUCUGAAGGUAUAAGACGUACCAGUGAGUUAGGAUUAUUAUGCGGUUAUCAACGAAGGAAUAAAGAAAUCCUUAAUUGGGCCCGCAAGAAGCGACACCACAUCCGAAGAGAAGAUCUUCUAGCUUACCUUGCUGGCAGAGCUGCACCUCCACGACCUCAGCAUCAUAGGUCAUCUCCUAAACCUCGAAUCAUGCUAUCUGAGCGACACAGCUCCCCCCAUAGCCUUCAAAUGGAAGCAAAUCACGAUCUACAUCACCAUGGUAGCACAGAAGACGGUGUGAAUAUUGAUGAUGAUCUACACACUUUCAGGGAAGCGUUAUCAGUAUCAAAUUCUCCCAUGAGUCGGCGUCAACGUUCAUCAGAGCUUAGUGCAUUCAUUGCCAGUGAGUUUGCUCGACAUUGUAAGCGCCCAGCACCUGCCAGCCCAACACAUGAUGUCAAUAUGGACUCUCCUACUCAUAAACGUUCACGACUUAUGUAAUUGGGUGACAAGCGGUUACCUAUGAAGGAGGCUCAUACUUUUUUUCAUUGUGCCUGUUUACAAAACUAGUUACGUAUUUCAGCUAAUUACAGAUGAAGUUUAAGGCCAAUAGUAAAUGCCUUUUUUUCAGUGCUCGUGAAAUAGCAUAGAAAUGGAAAGUUGGAUUGCCAAGUUGCCUUGUGUUGCUCUACUUGGUUAAAUCUUUUCAUCACCAAAUAUAUUUUUUUUUUUUAUUGUAGUCCAAUUUAUAUUUUCCAAGACGUGCAAAUUGCUUUCUGUAUCAAACAAGGGAAACAAGUGGAUGCAAAAGUAUGAAUCAUAUCUCCAUUCAAACCAAGUGAUUUAUUCAGAAUCAGUAAUACCCUUAUAUAAUAUGUAAUUAGUAUUUUUAGAUGAUGAGAAUAGAUAUAUUUUGUAUUGAACCUCUGUAUUAAUUUAUUUGAAAUGUUUAUUUUUAUUGUAUUCAAUGAUGUCAGUGCACUGAUCAUAAGUUAUAAUAACUUUAUUUUUUCAAAUAUCUUGUUUGUUGUUAUGACUUCAUUCUAGCACUACUUGGUUUCACCUUCUACUGAAUAAGUGAGAAGGGAGAUACUGUAGUAUAUCAAUCUUUGAAUUUGUACAAUACAGUCAGUGUUGACAUGAAAUUUGCUUCCAUGUUUUGUGAAGAAACUGAAAAUUCACUUUUCUGUAUGCUACAUGCAGUAAAAUAAAAGACAAUGCAGAAGGUUUUUUAUUAUUUUUAUGAAAGUUGAAUCAUGCACAUUCAGAAAUAACUGAAAAUUAGCAUGAACCUAAGAACAAAAACUAUUUUCAUGUGCCUUCAUAAUAAAUCAUAUGGCACCCAUUGCAAUUAUUGAAGGUCUUCAUUUACUUUUUUUAUGUAGUGUAGGAAGGAAUUUGCUAAAAACAAUAGUCAAUCAAAUUGGGUUAUGUUUCGUGUAAAGUAUAUGGAAACAUUUGUAGUGUUACAUUCUGUGUCUUCAGAAUUGUAUAUUAGAUAGUAGUAUUUUGAACUAUUGUACUUCUUUUAAAAGAAAUUUACAAUUUCUCUUUAAUCAUAUUUGCAUUUUAAUAUGAAAUCAGCACAUGAACAAGUUGCAUAUUUCUGCUGUUGAUUUAAAUUUUUAUACAUUUCUUCAGUGCCAAUGCUGUGUAAUGAUUGCAUUUGAUGCAUUCAGUGCUUUCUAGGCAACAUACACUUAAGAAUGUGCAGCAUUUUCCUUUGGGACAUUUAAUGUAUAAUAGGAAAAAAAUGUUGCACGCCAAAUGUGAUCUGUUGUGAAAAGUGAUAAUGUUUAUCUUAGGCUUAUGCUGAUACAGGAUAUUUUCUAAUGGUAACUUGCAGCAGUGAAGAAUGCAAGCACAACGUAUCAAGUGAAAAGUGGAAUUCUUUAUCAUGCAAAGUGAUGGAUCAGCAAAUGUUUUUCUAUGAACUUCAAUGAAGUCUAGUACUAAGUGAAAAUUUUGUUUGAUUCUAAUUAUUAAAUUAUUUGUGUAGAGUAGUAAUGUUUGUAAAAGAUACUUUCUGCAUGCUAAAUGAUCUACAGUGUUUAUUCCACUCAUGUAAAUUGGUUUUACUGCUGUUUUUGAAAUGAUAAGUUUAAGGCUUGGUAGUGGGUUAAUUCCAUUUCAGUCAUUUCAUCUUGAAGUAGAUGAAAUAUGUUGCUUGUUAUUCGUUGGUAUAUAUGUUUUGUUACGAGAAACAAUGAGUUUGCACGUAUUGUCCUUUGUUUCAUACAGACCUGUACAGUCAAUUGAUUGUAAUAUAUACUAACAAAAUGAAAGUGCAUUGUUUUAUAUCCACUUUACAUGGUGAUUUUGUUACUGAUUUCCCUCAAAAAAUUUCAGGAAAGUACAAUAUGCUUACCAGGUAACUGUCUUGUAUUUCAAAGGGAUCUUGCCAAGUCGUGAAUUUCUCCCCAAAUGGCAGAAAUGCUACAAAUAAUGUAAAGGC